UGCAGCAGCCCGGUCGCUGCUCAGAGAGGAGGACCAGCAGAAAUCUGCAGCUCACAGAAUGAAGAGAUCAAAAUGAUGCUGUCUGCAAAAAGGGAUUAAACUAACAGUCUGGGCUCCACCUCACCGCUGCCGGCUGCUUGGCGGAUCGAACGGAUUGGCCACCGCGGACUGAGAAAGUAGACAUGCCGUCACUGAGCAUCCACUGACUGAACAUGAUGAAGACCGAAUCCACAUCCAAGAGCACCGGCUCUGGCUCCACGCUCAGGAGCCCAUCACCGCACAGGAACGCCUACGAGGCGGAGAUGCAGGCCCUGAAGCCCGUCACAGACAAUGCUGCCAACGGAGACUUGCAAGAUGGACCCCGGGGCCGCAGGUACGGCUCCAAUGUGCACCGUAUCAAAAAUAUGUUUCAGCAGAUGCAGACCACAUCCCCGGCGGAUGCAGAGGGGGAGGAGGCGACCAGGAACAGCGACAAAUCCGUGCGCCUGUCCCUGCCCAGAGCCGGGAGCCUGAAUGAAAACGUGGACCACAGCGCUCUCCUGAAGCUCGGAUCCACCGUGUCGGAGCGCGUGAGCAAGUUCGACACUAAACCAGAAAACGGCCACCAGCGGGCCUCAUCGCCCAGCUACUCCAAGCUGCAGGAGACCAGACGCAUCUUUGAGCAACAGCAGCUGCAGCAGCAGCAGCAACCACAGCCGCAACAGCAGCAGCAGCAGGAGAGGCUAGUCACCACCAGGGUUCUGCUGAAGACAGACAGGGCCUCAGGCUUUCCAGAAGGCAGGUUGGACUCGGUGUCCCGCUUCAAUGGGAGCACGGAGUCCCUGGACAGUCUGGACACCAGUGAGGCUGUGUCCCCCACAGUCAGUCAACUCAGUGCUGCGUUUGAAAGGGCAGCUGAGCUUAGGAACAACCUCCAUCGCCUUUCCAAUACCCCGCCACUCCCCUCCAGAGGGGUCAGCGCCAAGGUGGGUGUGUUGAACUCCAAAAUCAUUACAAAGAGAGUUAGUGCCUUUGCAGCAGGCAGCCAGGAGUUAGAGUCAAGAUGUCAGAAUGAUCCAGAGGGACUGCCAAAGGGGCCUAAAGGUAGGGUCACUCCUCCAUCGGAGCGCAUUAACGGAGGACAAAGUGGUCCAACCACGGAACAUCCCAGUGUUGUAGGUCAGCCAGGAGAUGUGUCAGAAAAGACACGUUUGGAGGCAGAUGCAGAGGCUCGAGGUGAGGGCAGACCUGACAAACACACUGAAGCCAAGGAACGAACCAGCUCAACACUGCAAGGUGACAUCCACACCUCUGUGGAGAACGGAGAGGCUGCCGGCAGCUGUCAGCAGAGAGACCGUGUUCUCGGACAGGAUGGAGAGACCACCAGUGUUGCUAGGGAUCUGGAUGAUAGGACUGUGAAAGACGAGCGGCUGGGCGGCGACUCUGUGGAUAUCAGUCAUUACAGCGCAGUGGGGGAUGAUGGGAGUCAGGUGGAUGAGGAAGAAGAAGAAGAUGACCACUACGAGCCUGAGUCCAGCUGUGUGGAGAUCGUGGGGCUACCUGAAGAGGAGAGCCCACCCACAUCCAGGAAGAUCCGCUUCAGCACAGAACCAAUCAAGGUGUUCGCCACAUACUGCAAUGAGGACUAUGACCGACGCAAUGAAGAUGUGGAUCCAAUGGCUGCAUCUGCUGAGUACGAGCUGGAGAAGAGGGUGGAGAGGCUGGACCUCUUCCCAGCGGAGCUGGAGAAAGAUAGUGACGGCCUGGGCAUCAGUAUUAUUGGAAUGGGUGCUGGGGCCGACAUGGGCCUGGAGAAGCUGGGUAUCUUUGUGAAAACAGUCACAGAAGGAGGAGCUGCUCACAGAGACGGCAGGAUCCAGGUCAACGAUCUGAUCGUGGAGGUGGACGGGACCAGUUUGGUGGGGGUCACUCAGAGCUUUGCCGCCUCCGUACUCAGGAACACCUCAGGAACUGUCAAGUUUGUGAUUGGCCGAGAAAAGCCAGGUGAACAGAGUGAAGUGGCCCAGCUUAUCCAGCAGACCCUGGAGCAGGAGCGCUGGCAGAGGGAGAUGAUGGAGCAGCGCUACAACCAGUAUAUGGACGAACAAGAGGGUGCAGAAUAUGGCACAGAUGAAGAAGAGGACGAGGAUGAGGAGGUCAGUCCGUCGUAUCCCAGUGCCAUUGAGGUGUUUGACUUGGCAGAAAACGAGGACAUGUCGCCACUGGAGACAGACCCAGAGAAACUGGCCCAUAAGUACAAAGAGCUCCAAAUAAAGCACGCUGUCACCCAGGCUGAGAUCCAGCAGCUUAAAAGAAAGCUGCACCAUGCAGAGCAGGAGAAACAGCGCUGGCGUAUGGAUAAAGCUCAACUGGAACAGACCCUGCAGGAAAACAAAGAACGUAUGGAUAAGUUGGAGGGCUACUGGAUGGAGGCUCAGAGCCUGUGCCAGGCUGUGGACGAGCACCUGAAGGAGACACAGUCCCAGUACCAGGCACUGGAGCGCAAGUACAGCAAAGCCAAACGUCUGAUCAAGGAGUAUCAGCAGAAGGAGAUCGAGUACCUGAAGAAGGAGACACAGCGUUGUGCACAAGAAGCAGCGGAGGCAUCUGUUGGAGAAGAAGAGGCUGGACAGAUUGAAGAGCAGGUGCAAGAGGUGACUGACACAGAGGAGGCUAAAGUGGAGGAGCUGAAGUCAGAUCCUUUGUAAAAACCUUUGUCUCCAUCACCUGUUUCAGGACAGACAACCUAAGGCGAUGGUGUAGACAAUAGUGUUGUAGUACUUGCGGUAAACUGCAGGGUAAUUCUCUUCUUCAACCUGAACGUGGUCUCUGUAGAAUUACAAAGUUUGGGAACAAACUUUGUAAUUCUGCCAUUUUACUCCUUCUGAUGAUUUGUUUUUCUGUUUGACAUUCACGCCACCAACUUGUGAUGUACUAUUCCUUUCUUUUAAAAUCCAGUAUUUAAUCCCUUCAACCUUACUUUAUGGUUUUGUUACAAACUGAGUCGUUACUUUUUAAUUGCCAAAAACAGAACCUGUUUUUCCCACCUCUUUUGUCCAGUUUUGUGAAUCUCUUCCUUUAUGAAUUUGUACAGACGUGACGCUGUGUGGUUUAACAAUCAAACUGGUUUGUAAAAAAUUUGAUUCUGUGUAUAACACUUAAUAUAAAAGGAAGAAGCGAGUUUGGCGUUGGUUGUAUAUUUUAUGGUUGUAAAUGGGAUCGAAGAUUGCACUGAAGAAGUCGUCGCGUAGAAAGGAGGGAACAUGCGUCGAUGAGAAGUUGGACGAACAGAAACACAACUGUCAUUUAGGGUGUUGUCACUUUCCCCCUGAAAACCAACUGCUGCCUACCUUUCUGAAGUGUUUGUGUGUUUUCUACACAUCAGGACUCAGCACAUGAGCAACAAAUCCUACAUUUUUAACCCUGUCUCAAGUUGGACAGUCCAGGACUUUGACUUUGCCACUUCUAGUCUUGUCAACAGUCCCACAGUAUGGACCUGAAGCAGGUGUUUCUGGGAGGAGCACAGAGACAACUCUGCAACUUGUGCCACAAAUAACCAUGGACCUCUCUCUCCUUACCCAUCAAAAAUGGAUGUCGUAAAAGGACUUUGUGUGUAACAUUACUAGUUAGGACUACUACUGAAUACUUCUGGAAACACCAUAAGACUUGGGACAAUGAAGCAGCUACCAGCAGUGAAGUCACAGAUUUAAAGAACCAGCAGCUGCACUUAACACCACCGUGUGUAGCACACAUGAAGAAGAACAUGGGAUAAAAGGAGAAAAGAAAGGAAAACACUGCCGGGUUUCUACUUGUUUCAACAUAACGCACAGUUUAAAGUGAAAUUGAGUCUACUUGUGUCAGCUGUCAUAACCAAUAUGUUUGUAUAGUUCAGGUGAGACAAAUAUUUUACGUAAUAUUUAUAACGUAGUCUACAGGAGGGAGGGAAACAUGGGACUUAAUGACAACACUGAAAGAAAAAAAAUGGUACAGGAUGAAGCGAUGAUCACUAGUUAUUAUACCGUCAUAUAAAACAAAAAAAAGUAGAUCUGAAAAUGAGUAAAUUGAAAACAAGGCAUGGUUAUGAGUAUUUUCAUAUUAAGGCUUGUACAGUGCACAUGCUUUGCAUUGUAUGUUUUGUGGAAUAAAUGGUCAACAGUA